AUGUCAUCACUACUUGAUGAACAGGCUAUGAACCAGCUACAAUCUCAACAGUCGGAGCUACUAGACAAGAUUGACGAGCUGCGUGCUAUUGGAGUUGGAGGCCUCGUGGAGCUACCUCAAAUCAUCGUCUGUGGUAACCAGUCUAGUGGAAAAAGCUCCGUACUGGAGGCAAUCUCCAGAGUGCGCUUUCCAUCCAAGAGCAACAUCUGCACUCGGAAAGAUGAGCAGGAACAACAGCGCCUUCGAGCCUUCGCCUCCGACUCCUUUCCCUCCAGCGGAGACCUUCCCCCACUGAUCGAAAAAGCGAAGGAAUGCAUGGGACUUUCCAGCACCGAUCCUUCGAGCAAGGGAUUCAGCGACGAUGUGCUUAAAGUCGAGAUCUCGGGCCCUGAAAAGCCAGAGCUGACUCUGGUUGACCUUCCGGGGCUCUACUACUCCAGUAGCAGCGAACAAAACGCGCAAGGAAUGGAGAUAGUUCAAAGGUUGACGGAAAAGUACAUGAAAAGCACCCGGAGCAUCAUUCUAGCUGUCAUCAGCGCAAGAGCCGAUUAUCAUAUCCAGAAGGUCUUGAACAUCGCGCAGGCUUUUGAUCCCAAAUAUGAGAGAGUUCUGGGUAUUGUUACGCAGCCUGAUAUCCCCGAAGCGGGCUCAGAAGAACAAGAAACUUAUGUACAGUUCAUCAAGAAUGAGAAAGUCAAGCUGCAACUUGGCUGGCAUGUAUUGCGCAACCGCUCGUUUGAGACGCGCGACAUUUCCGAUGAUGCGCGAGAUGUUCAAGAAAAAGAGUUCUUUGAAAGGGGACGAUGGGCUUCCCUCCCUCGAGAUCAAGUUGGGAUUGAAAGUCUGAGACAUCGUCUCAGUAAGAUCCUACUUGAUAAUGUCCGUCGCAAUCUUCCAGGCCUUAUUGCGGACAUACAAGAAAGGAUUGCUCGUAACGAGCAGACACUGGCAAAAAUGGGCGCGCCGCGCACAACUCUUCAGGAGCAACGCCAUUUUCUUGUCGAUAUUAGCAGCAGAUUUGCACGAAUCACAAACCAGGCCUUGAAUGGAUCGUACGUCGAUGAGUUUUUCGGUGGAUUCAAAGACCAUACGGCGACAACAGAAGAAACUCCUUUCCACCGACUGCGGGCAGUCAUCCGUGAGCUUAAUGAGUGCUUUGCUGAAGCAAUGAGCAUUCGCGGGAAUCGGCGAAUCAUUCAAUUCCCUGGGCCUGGACAGCUAUUUUCUGUCAAGGACGUCGAGCAAGAGAGAUCCAAGCCUUACAUGGAUAAUUGGACACCGCUGUACAUUUCCCACGAGACUCUCGUGGAGGAGAUCAAAGAACAAGCCCGGCAAAGCCGAGGAAUCGAGCUACCAGGUAGUGCAAACCAUUUGCUUGUAGGCAGUUUGUUCCGGGAUCAGUGCGAGCCCUGGGAAGAAGUUGCUAAAUCGCAUCUGUUGAAUACCUGGGCUUCGGUUGAAUACUUUGUCCAGCUGGUACUGAAGAACCUCACGGACGAUCACACCCGUCCCUUGCUCAUGCGACAUCUCAUCAGACCGGAAAUGGAGAAAAUGAAGGAGUCUUUGCUAGAAAAGCUUAGUGAAUUGACUUCGUACUCCAAAAGAGGCCAUCCGCUGCCCGUGGGGAAAUCAUUUCUCUCCAAGAUGCAGGAGUCCAGAAGGAAUCGACAGGUUUCUGCGUUGAAAAGAAACCUCCACUUGUCUGGAUCUAACCAUUCAACGGGAGAGGAUAUAAGAAGCACUUUCGAUGUCCAAGAUCUAGAGCGAGCAACACAUCAACUACAGUCAUCCAGCGAUCAGUUUGCGGCAGCAGAGAUUAUUGAUCAAAUGCAGGCUUACUAUGAGACUGCAAUCGUGACAUUUGUCGAUAACGUUGCUAUCUUGGCAAUCGAAAAUUGCCUUCUUUUCCCUCUAGAGCAUAUAUUCACCGGCAAGACUGUACUUAGUAUGGAUAACCAGCAGAUUCGAGAAAUUGCAGCAGAGCCAUCGAACAUUCAGAAGGAUCGGGAACGUCUAAAUGAAGAGCUCGAAAAGCUACGAAAGGGGAACCAGACCCUCAAUACCUUCAGUACGGCGGACUCUACGCUCCGUGCUCGUCCUAUAUUAGGUAUUCACAUUACACAUAUCGGUUCAUGGAGUCACGGGCUAAUUGGACUAUCAUUUCAGCAGGACUGUCAAAGCCCCGAACCCAGACCCGAAGCCUUACAGGCACGGCUGCUCAGGUAG